AAAUGAAGGUAUUUUUGCUUCCAUUAAUGGGGUAAACAGUUUGGAAACUUAGCCUUUCAAAUUUACUCAACAAAUAUUCCAAUAAACACAGUUUCGGCUUCACUCCACCCUCUUCUUCUGUAAUUGCAUUCCACCACGCUAUCUUCCAGAAGUUGUUGUCUAUCUUCGGAAGGCAACUCAUUUGAUAAUAGAUCUGGACGGAAUUCAUCGGUAUCGUUGUUGUUGAUGUUCGAUUGUCGUCGUCUUUGCUGUUAUGCUGCCAUUCUUUCCGCAGUCCGCUGUUAAACUUAGGUGAAACAGGUUCUUACUUCAGAAUUGGGAGCUGACAUAAUAUUUCCAUGGGUGUCUCUGGGAAAUGGAUUAAAGCCUUGAUUGGUCUAAAGAAGUCAGAGAGGUCUCAAUCUUCCGAUAAAGAUGGAAAAAAAGCUGGAAGUUUUCGCCACAGAAGAAGAAAGCAUUCUAUAGACAUUGACACUGAUGUACUUAAGGAAGAGUUCAAUCAGAACGUUCUGCCAAAGUCAGAUGUCAACACCUCUGUAAUACCAGAUGGUUCCUCCCUUUCUAGCUCACAUCAAGUGCAGGGCAUAGCUCAAGUGCAAUGUCAUUCAAGAGAAGAAUUAGCAGCCAUACGUAUCCAAACAGCUUUCAGAGGAUUUUUGGCUAGACGGGCUCUCCGAGCUUUGAAGGGACUAGUGAGACUUCAAGCCCUUGUCAGGGGUCAUGCUGUGAGGAAGCAAGCUGCAAUAACUCUUCGCUGUAUGCAAGCUCUAGUUAGAGUUCAGGCACGUGUACGUGCCAGACGAGUUCGCCUGGCAUUGGAGAAUCAGACAACAAAACAGAAACUGCAGCAGCAACUUGAACACGAGACUCGAGUUCAAGAAAUUGAAGAUGGAUGGUGUGAUAGUGUGGGGUCUGUGGAAGAAAUUCAUGCCAAGUUGAUAAAGAGGCAGGAGGCUGCCGCCAAGCGUGAGAGAGCCAUGGCUUAUGCACUCGCUCAUCAGUGGCAGGCAGGUUCCAGGCAGCAAGCAGCUCCCUCUGGAUUUGGUUUUGAACCAGAUAAAAACAGUUGGGGUUGGAACUGGUUGGAGAGAUGGAUGGCAGUGCGGCCCUGGGAGAAUCGUUUUCUUGAUAGCAAUAUGAAAGAUGAAGUAAAACUUAAUGAGAGUGGAGGAUCAACCCAAGGCAACAAUGGGACUAAAUCUGCCAUGAGAUCUGCAGGCAAGAAGCCUGUACAAAUAGAUAUUUUGAACCAAAAAACGGGUCCAUCUCCUCCAGAUGGAUCUACUUCUUUCCCUAAAAUGUCAACAUACAUUCCGGUCAUAGAUUCUACUAUGUCUUCGAAGCCAAAGAAUAAGCCAACUGUUGAAGAUAAUGAAGAAGCUGGCCAAAGACGAGAUAUUGUGUCAAGAUCUCACAGCAAUCCUAAAGAGAGAUCAUCUAGACUUUCUGAUAGUAAGCAAGCUAAGAAGCGAAUGUCUCUACCUAAUGCUGGACAAGAGCGUGUACUCCAUUACAACAGGCAACCUGAUGGUCCAAGCUCUGUGAAAAAGACACCCAAUGCCCACAAAAUCUUGAAGGAUAAAAUGGUGUUGAAUGGAGGCAAUUUAAACCAAACAAAAUCUAUCAUGUAAACGAACAUGCCCACGCAAGCCAGUUAUGCUUUUAUUUUUCUCCAUUUUCAAUCAUGGUUGUAUGAGAGUGUACAUAUUGGACCUUCACACGAGGAUAAGAUCACAGGGUCAUGAUUCAUUAAGAGAGUAGGAUGUCGAGAAAUAAUACUUUCAGAGGGACAGUGAAGCUUGGUUUGUCAUUAGUGUCAAUUUCCAUGGAUAUUUAUGUAAUGUGAAGUUAUUUGUCUUUUAUUCUUUGAUUGAUCAAAGAUAUGUUCUAUCUAGAGCUUUGAUGA